UAUUUCGGACUCAGUAUGUACAUUGACGGAUUUUAAAUUCGGUGUGAAACUUGUUAUGUACAUGUAUUUAAUAGCUUAACAUUACAUAGUGAAGUGAACUAUUUGUUCCCUAUGAAGUAUUGAAGACUUGCUGGAUUUUUAAAUUCGCCAGUGAAACUUUUUUGAUAUUAAAGUGCCGGCUAUUUCUGUGGAAAUAUUCUCAACUGAAGGCAGACAGGAAUUUUCUGUUGGGGCCACAACAUCUGUUUCCAACUUAUUCCAGCAACUUAAUUGUUAAUUUUGCUUGGGAUGCAGUAACCACACUGGUUCCUUGCUGAACACUUCAUCUUAUCAAAUGAAGGGGAUUGGUAGCGGAACCUAGUAGUGAUUGGACCACAUCAACGCUUUCAAGUGUAUCUUAGCGUGGCACAAGCAACAAACAUUGGGGGAGGAUACCACCCUAGUUUGUCAUAACUACACAUCAUCACAGGAGUAAAGUCUGUAGUGGCCUUCUGUUACUGUUGUAUGCUGUGGGAUAGCUAAUAGUCGGCCCUGAGAGAGGGAACAGAAGAUAAGGCAUUCCAUAUUAAUGUUAUUACGCACACACAGGUAGUGUGUUGAUGAUGGUGUCAUUAUAAUAGCAUCUCAUUGCCACAAUCACAUGUAUCACAUGGAGCUAUGCAAACGUACUAGGAAAUAUACAUCCUUGUCGACUAGUGCCGAGGACAUUCUGGAUGGCCUAGAGAGUAAAAGAAUUCGGAUAGCGUACAAUUCCUCAAACUUGAAAACGUGUAAUCCGAUGGAAAAUGAUUCUGGGCAAAUCUCAGAUGGAAAUAGUGUGUUAGAGGAGAUAUCAGCGUCCAGUGUCGCUAUGAUCCAGAAUGGCACCCAUCUGAAUGGGAUUGUAGAUACGACUAGUUUAGGAGGAACCAUGAAUUCUCAGCCUCAAAAAACAGAACCAGAUCCAGAUGCCAUCAAGAUGUUUGUCGGUCAGAUUCCCAGGUCCAUGGAUGAAGCUGAUCUCAAGAAAAUGUUUGAAGAGUUUGGUCCAGUGUUUCAGUUAAAUGUGCUGCGGGAUAAAGGAACAGGACAGAGCAAAGGAUGUUGUUUCGUCACCUUUUUUACGAGAAAAGCAGCAUUAGAUGCACAGAAUGCUUUACACAAUAUCAAAACAAUGGCUGGGAUGCAUCAUCCAAUACAGAUGAAACCUGCCGACAGUGAAAAAAGAAAUGAGGAAAGAAAACUUUUUGUUGGAAUGGUGUCAAAGAAAUGUUCAGAAAAUGAUGUGAGAAUGAUGUUUGCACCGUUCGGGACGAUAGAGGACUGUACAGUGUUACGAGAUCAGAACGGCCAGAGUAAAGGUUGUGCAUUUGUAACAUAUGCGAACAGACAAUCUGCACAGAAUGCCAUAAAGAGUACCCAUCAUUCCCAGACCAUGGAGGGUUGUACGUCGCCAGUUGUUGUUAAAUUUGCCGACACACAAAAAGAAAAAGAACAGAAAAAACUUCAACAAAUGAGUGCCAACCUUUGGAAUAUGUCCGUAGGAAACAACAUGGCCCCACAGUAUCUCACUCUGCUGCAACAAGCUGCUGCUGCCGGGGGAAACAUGGGAAACAUGGGAGGAAACAUGGGAGGAAACAUGGGAAACAUGGGGAUGCUACAGAACAUGAACAAUAUGGGGAGGAUAAACCAAAAUGAUAACGGUUCUAAUUCUCUCGGCGUCCAGCAAUUGCUAAUAGCAGCAGCUGCGGCUGCUGCUAGCAACAACCCAGGAUUGCUAGCGGCCCUUGCGGGGCUGAGCAACAGUGGCAAUAACUCCACCCCUACUUCUCCCACGAGUAUGAGUACCGGAGCUAACACUGCCAAUCGCUCCAACAUGGGGUCAGGCCAAGGUGACGGUGCAUCAAACAAUCUUCAUCUGCAGAAUCUGCAGAGUUUGGCAGCAUUAGCUGGUGCAGCAAACAAUGCAGGUGCCCUCAACACACUAGGGAUGCAGAAUUUAGCAGCAUUAGGGGCAACGAGUUCAGCCAAUGUAUCUGGUUCGUUAGGCACUUCAUCUAAUUCCCUGGCUGGAAUUACAGGCCUCCAGAACUUUGGUAACAACAAUUUAUCGUCCAGUGGCAUGGCCAACAAUAUGAAUGGUCUGGGCUCCAACCCAAACUCGGGUAUGGAUGCCCUAAGCCAAGCCUAUUCCGGAAUUCAGCAAUAUGCAGGUUUGUCGGGUUUACUCAGUCCAGGUAAAGCAUCUUUCCCGAAUGCCUUCGGUAGCCAGACAGCACAGCAGCUGCAGCAGGUGGCUAACUCACCGGCAGGCAAACAAACUGAAGAAGCUGUCUCAAGAAAACUGAAGACCGGCCUCUAUUCAAGGAAUGAGGGUCCAGAAGGUGCUAACUUGUUCAUUUACCACCUACCUCAGGAAUUCAGUGACCAAGACCUAAUGCAGACCUUUCUGCCCUUCGGAUCAGUGAUUUCUGCUAAAGUCUUCAUUGAUAAGCAGACAAACCUCAGCAAGUGCUUUGGAUUUGUGAGUUACGACAACUCUGUCUCGGCCCAUGCUGCCAUUCAGGCCAUGAAUGGGUUCCAGAUUGGAAUGAAGAGGCUGAAGGUGCAGCUCAAACGACCAAAGAAUGACAGCAAGCCGUACUGAACUUGUCCGACUGUUAUGACAACGUGGCGUUGACGUGAAGUGGUGUGUCCCCGUGUCCACGUGCCGUACGUCCUUCAUGUUUACAUAACUCAUCGCUAGCCUGUAUGAUUGACAAAAACUUUAAUGUCGCAUAAAUACGUAAGUGUCCCUCAGCAAACCACAGUCCAUCCAGCUCCGUCUGUCUAUGUCCGUCACGCCGGGCAAGUGGGCCCAUGGUCAACACCGACACACAUAUAUAUAUACUGUACACUUACAACUGUCGUCGUUUGUUGUCCUGUUCAAAGUUGAUUACAUGUGCAGGCUCCUGUAACCAAGUCACUGGGUUGCCAUAUAUAAUAUUGGAAAAAUUAUAAUUGUAUGACAUUGUACUGUAAAAAAAAUAUUGUCAUUUUUUUUUUUAAUUGUAAAGUAUUAUACUGUCAAUUUAGAUACAUGUAUAUGUCGGUGUAAAUAUAUAGUACAGUUUUGCUUUUAGAUAUAAUCACAUUAAAGUGCAUGUAUCGUAUUUGUUAUCGUCUUCAGUGUAAACAUGACGAGAAAUACCAAAGAAAUAUUGAUUUAAUCACUAUGUCGACCGUGGCAUCCAAAUGGUGCCUGAUGUUAAAUUAACAGGAUGCUCUAUAUCAAAAGCUAUAGGCAUCAGGAUUUAACUCACCAUAGCUUUGCAUGCAAUACAACUCAUUAUCUGUGCCUUUUGGACGAAACUCUUACCUCCAUCCCUCCCCAUCAGAGAACAGUGGUAGACACUUGUCAUUAGAUGGUAAAAGUCAUUGCAAGUCUGUAGGGGUGGUGAGGUACAUACACUCAAUUAACAUGUAGAAUAUAUUACAGUAAUCUCUUAGCAUUAUAUGCAAACUGUUGGACUGCCAUUUGUAUCAUUUGAAUGUUGCCAUUUAUGAUAAUAUUGAAGUUUUUUUUUAAAUAUUUAAAAAAAAAUAGGAAUAAAACUGGAAUUUUCUAUAUUUAAAAAAAAUAAAAAUUUGAUGCAGUUAACAAUUUUAUUCAAAAUCAUGAACAGGUUUAUUGUAGAAGAUAUCGGGUAUCUCAAGAUUAUCAUAAACAUCAGAUUUAUUCUGAUUUGAUCUCAAACAUGAUCUGAUACAUGUCAAACCAAAAAAUAGAUUCAAGUUUAUAUCGCAUACCUAGAGUAGACUUCAGUAGUGAAAAGUUAUGACAAGUAUUAAGUGUAUAAGGCAUCAACUAUCAAGUAGUAAUGAUUUGUGCGUAGCAAUUUAUACAUAAUGUACUUAGAUUUUUGUAAUAAAAAGUAGCCAUGGAAUUUAGGUUCCUCCAUUCAAUAUCCUGUGAAUUUCUCAUUAUCACAUCUAACAUUUAAAUCAUUUUCAACUUUCCUGAAACAGUUGGGAUGUUUUUAGGGGUAAUUUUAAUACCAAAUUAGGCAGUAACAGCUGUACCCAGUGCUUGCCAUACAUGUGCAGUAGCUCUAUCCCUGUUGAAUAUUACCCACCCAUGUGUUUCAUAGUUUUGCUUAAUUAAACUGAGUAUUAAAAAGGUUUGUUUUGUCAUAGAAGUAUAUGUCUAAUUGAACAGUUUUGUGGAGUUUUUUCAUGUCAUUGUCGAUGGUAUUUGUAAGUUUGCAUCAUUCAGAUGGAUAUACAUAAUAUUACGAAGUAAGUUAUUUUUUUUGUGUGGGUAUAUUCAGUGAAAAGAAUUGUCAAAGAAAAACAAUAAAAAAACGUGUUUGACAGUAUAGAUAUUGUAUUUAAUAUGGCAAAAAGUCUUGUCGGAGAAUUUAUGUUUAUAUAAUUGCUUGUGAUGGUUGUGGUAAUGAGAGAUGUAAGGAAAUGUUAAUCUGAUGACGCGAUUCUCUGCGUCUAGUUAUGGCAGCCCAGUGGUUUGGUUCCAUGGCUGUUUAUCAAAUAUCUUGAACUAGUGCUUGUAAGCUUACUAUAUUGUAAUGUGUAGUGCCAGGUGUUUGUUAAAAACGUUUCUCCAUAAGUAUGUUUUUUUGUGGUCAUUGUUUGCAGUGUUAUAAACAAAAAUAUUGUAAAGAACUAUUUCCUCUUCAUCUGUGUUGGAAGAGAGAGAGAGAAAAACAUAUAUAUAUUGUUAUGGUUUUGUUAAACGGUGUGAGAAGAAUCAAAAUGUGGUUAUUUCUUUUCUUGUAUAACCCGAUUUCAAUAUUUUUUCUUCAUUUUUUGUUUGGCAAGUAUUGCACUUUGGUGAAUGUUGAUGUUUUGGUACACGGUUUUGUGUCUUGAUAUUUCAAAUUAUAUAUCAUAUAUCAUGUGAAUGGUGAAUAAUGUUUUGAUGUGAGUUUGAUAUUCAAACUAAAAUCUGAAUCUAUAAAUACUACUACUAAGUUGAGCUGUUUCUGGCUGGCAAUCUCACUGACAUUACUGUGUAGCAUCGGGCACAGCACAAGAUCCAUGUGUGUUGUUUUCAUUGUCUGUCUAGAGAAACCAUAGCCUGCCAUGUUUUGCCCAAUGUUUUAAAGCAUUUACCUUGAUAUUAUUGACUGUUCAUUUUAAUUCCUCAUUUAAUAACUGCCUCUUAAAAAAACAACACCUUCACUUAAAAAAGUGGAAUAAAUAUGUAGGUAAUAAUAGAUAAUACGAAUCUAAAAUUAUUAAAGGGGAGAUAACUGUUGGAAACAGAAAGCAUUCCUUAUAGAAGUGGAGCUAUUUUCUGACCUGCUUUGGUACAUCCUCAAGCUAGCUAGUGUCUUUGUUAAGCUAUGUAUACCUUCACAAGUUACUCCUCAGUUCAAGAGCAGUUCUGUCAGUCCUAAUGGUUGGUUUGUUUGUGAUAAAUGCUUUAGACAUUGAACCAUUUACAUGUUUCGUGUAUAACUGUGUGUUCUAAGCACAGCUGUGAUCGGAAAUGACAAUCGAAUGUUUUUGUGUUAUGUUCACUGCUGAACGUGAUUCCUGUCGACCUGCCACUUGGUUUUCAUCGUAUUAUUUAUUACCUGUUCAAGGGAUUCAAUUUCUGAUUUUCUCAGCAAGCAUACUAUCAUAAAUUUAGAUAUACAUUUAGUACCGAGCUCUGAGUCUAUUGAAAGGGAGAGAGGUAGAGAGAGGGAAAAUGAACAUUGUUAUGUUUUAGCUUCAUAUCCAUUCAGUAUAUACUCACACAGUGUAAAAUCAAAUCAUUUGAAACUUAGCAAUAUUUAAGCUAAUUAAAGAUUGUAAAUCAAAAUGGCUACGAAUCAAAAUGGCAGGUUGCUGGAUGUUUGUUUCUAUCAGACAUAAGUGCCUUAUUCAGUACCAUUUUCACACUGUUAUUGAUGUACUAACAGCCUGUAGACCUCGGAUCACAUUCAUAUUGAAAGGACCAAGCAGAAUAUAGCUAAUCGUUUGUAACUAAUAUAUAUUAUGGUAAAAUUGUUGAGGAGAAAAAUUUGUAACCUUGUAUUUAAAACAAUGAUAUCACGAGAAAAAAAUGUAAAUGUAGGCUGAUAAAUAUUUUUUAAGCUCCAACAUUCAGAUGUUAAGUUUAAGAUGAAGUUUUUUUUAAAAACUUGAUUGACCGUUUGUAAAUUUUCUGUGUUUGUCCGUGUUUGUUCAUAGAUAAACAAAACAUUCUGUGAUAACCAAGUCUUGACACAAUAGAGAAUUAUCUUUGUCCAACAGGAGAAUCCUUUGACUAGACAUGUAGGUGUUUUGGGGAUUUCUGUGGCUAUAUUUACGUAGAGGAGUCUCCUUAAAGAUAUAUUUAGAAGCAAGGGGGAAUCCCUGUUGUCUGUAUAUAGUGUUAGGGGAUUCCUUUAUGCUAUAUAUAGGUAUGCCAGUGAGAUUGACUGCCAGUGAUGCUGAAGGUACUCAGGAAUACGUGUACAAAACUUGUGUUUGUCGGUGAAACUGUCCAUGUAUUCAGUAGUUACAAUACUGUCGCAGACAGGAGUUAGUUCAUAUCUAUCAGAUAAGUGUUUAGUGUCCUCUAAUAAUUGAUGGAGUCCGUUUUAAUUACUUAAAAAGGUGAUGUUGAGGAAAUGUGAACGUCCGUAUACUUAAAGGAAGCGUUUGUUCUCUUGGGAAAAUACCAGUUUUUACCAGUUGUUUGUUUCUUACUUAAGGUGUGGUAAAGCAAUAUGUUUUUACUCUUCCACUGGGAUCGGACCGCUUUCGGACUUGACGUCCAUCGCAAACUGUCCGUCGCGGAUCCGUCCUGUGGAAGGGUGAUAUAGAACACAGAUAAUUUUAACUUUUCAACCAGCAGUUCAUAUGGGGCUGUUUCAUGUCAUAGAUCAUUGGGAAAGACAUCUUCCCUGCGGCCAUUCAAUACAACAAAAAUAGACUUAAACUAUCUUCUUUUUAUAUGAUAGCAUAAUAUUCCAUAGUUCAAUUUUGAUAGUCACAGCCACAUAUGAAAUUGUCAUAGGUGAACAAAAUUAUUUCUGUUUAAUACGUGUUCUGGUAGAUAGGAAUUUUUAAACACUGCAUUAGGGCUACAUCAUAGGUCCAAAUGCAACUGUACAUGCAAUCUGAAUGUUUUAUUUUGUUUCCAGAUAUUUUAUAUGAAAAAUAUUGACUUGUAAAAGGUAUUGGAAAGAUGUGUAGUAUUUUAUCCCUGUAAUUGAGCGUUACAUGUGCUUUGUGGUAUGUUUAGAAUCUAUACCCUACCUUGUUACAUGUUCCUGGUAUUUUAAAUAAUUCUAUUUGUAAAACCACACCUUGGUAGAAAUUGUAAGCAAAUUACUCAACAGAGCUGUACUUAAGGUAGAUGUCCUUGAAAUUUGUCAUCAAAAAUUGAUCUCAUAAAUCAAAAUAUCUGAUUCACCAGAUGCUUUUUGUAUAAUAGUUAUUAUGAAAAUUGAAAAAAAGGAAUGAGAAGAAACCUGUCUACCCAAUGAGAACUUGAUCAUUGUAGGAUCUUUUUAUUAGAAUAGCAAAACUCAAGGACAUUUACCAUGUUUCUGGGAUGUGGUGAUGUUUUUGUGAAGAAAUGUUUGUUAGAUAAUUAUUUUGUUUAAUAGCUUACCAUGCUGAAUAUUUGGUGUGGCAAAGUUAGUUUAGUUUGCUCAGAAGAUGUAAGGGAACUCUGUACCAGUGACCUAAUUUUAAACUUUUUUUUUUUGUUAUUUAAAAAUUUCGAUAGGAUAAAAAGUUGAUAGGGUAUUGUCUCACUUGUUUAUAUUUUUACCUGCUUAUAUUAAAUCAUGUGUAUGUCAAAUUGUCCAUCUCAUGCAUAUGAGUUAAUAGUAAUAAUGAUUAUAUCUAAUGGAAUAGAAAACUCCACAUGUACAUGACAGUGUGAAAAUAGACAUAUCAUUUUCUGCCUUGAUUUAAAACUGUGAUCAGGAGACUUCUCGUAAACAUUCUAUUGGUAUAUGACUAAUUUAUCCUCAAAAUAGCUGGCUUUUAAGUAAACCAAAGCAACUCUUCCCUUGUUACUCCCUGGAUGUCCUGUCCGCAGCAUCUGUACAAAACCACUCCAAAAUAAUAUUGAUUCUUUCAUUCUGAAAGAUAUGUCGCUGGAUUGAAUUAGGAUGAAGAGAAAAAUGUCACUGUUGUCAUUUCUUCUGGAUCUUAGCAGGAUUAUAGCUGUUUAAUCUACAUUCAAUCUCUAUUGGAUUUUCUCUUCAACAUAAACGUUUUACUCCAGUUUUGAGCUAUGAUAGUAUAUAAUAUAUCUCUCUCACUGUUACCAUUUAGGAAAUUUAUUCACGAUAUAAAAAUAUCACAAAAUCAAAAGUACGUUCAACUUAAAUGCUAGCAUAUUGUGACAAGUUCAAAGAGCCAUACAGUAUUUUGUAGUAGAUGAUUAACAUUUUAGUGAUUCUGUCGUAGAAUAGUGUUUCACGUCACAGUAUACAUUAUAUAAUGAAUAUCUAGUCAGUGAUAUCUGUCUUAAAUAAAUAUACCAUACUUAAACUCUCCAUAUAACAAAUAUAAUAGCACAUUAAUUAAUGGAAAAAAACCCAAACUAUUUGGUGUUUUUUUUCAGUCAUAUGUAUAACACUUUUUAAAAUAGUUAAAAAUCUCUGUAGCCUUCAGACGAACACUGAAUAUCUUGCCUGGUAGCCAUAUUUGGUCUGUGCUAAUCUGAAGUCGUUGCUACCAGAGUGUAAACUAGGCAUUUUAUCAUAGCUCUGACAAAGGCUGCUUAUAAUGGGCUAAAAUUGAGUAAUUGUAAAAAAAUUCACAUGUCUAUAUUACUAUUAUUACAAAUAAAAAGCAUUUAUUUCAUAUAAACCAGACUUAGUAGAAAAAGAUCAUGGAAGAUCAUGGAAGAUCAUUGUAUGUUUUUAUUUGGUUUUCCUCUUGUCGACCUUAGCGAAGGGCGGGCAGGAAAUGACCGCGUUACUUUCUGAGUAAGAAAGCAGUAAGCCACCUUUGUUAAAUAUUAGUUAUGAAUUGUGUUGUGGUUUGGCUGUGUACAGAAUCGUAUGCCAUUAAACAGUUUCAAAUAAA